CGAACAUGCUACCCAAGACGCCAUGAAUCAACAAACGUCGCGGCCGGCGGUGCGGAUUGUCGAGGUCGGCCCAAGGGAUGGUCUGCAGAACAUCUCCAAAAGCGUCCCGACGGCAGUCAAGGUCGAGCUUAUUCAGCGCCUGGUCAGAGCAGGCCUCUCGACUGUCGAGGUCACGUCCUUUGUCUCGCCUAAAUGGAUCCCUCAGUUAUCCGACAAUGCAGAGAUACUGAGGGCCAUCGAGCCGCUCUUGAGAGACAAAAACCUCAGUUUCCCUGUCCUGAUACCCAACGCCAAGGGAAUGGACGCCGCGCUCGGUCACAGGAUAACAGAAGUGGCCGUCUUUGUCUCUGCCUCUGAGAGUUUCUCGCAGAGGAACACCAACUGCUCGGUCAGCGAGGCGCUCACGAGGGCACGGGAGGUAGCGUACAAGGCCAGACAACACGGAAUCGCUGUACGGGGAUACGUCUCGUGCGUGAUCGAGUGUCCAUAUGACGGCGCCACAGCCCCUGCCGCUGUCCUUCACGUCGCACGCGAGCUUCUGAGCAUGGGUUGCUACGAGGUGAGCCUGGGCGAUACGCUCGGCGUUGGAUCUACUGGCAACGUGGAGACCCUGCUGUCGGUCCUCCUCCAGUCCAUCCCGGCCGAGAAGCUCGCCGGGCACUUUCACGACACCUACGGCCAGGCAGUCGCCAACGUGAUGAAGGCCUAUGAAAUGGGGCUUCGAACCUUUGACAGCAGCGUUGCGGGCCUCGGAGGGUGUCCUUACGCCAAAGGAGCCAAGGGUAACGUGGCGACUGAGGAUAUCGUGUACGGGUUCCAGCGGCUUGGAGUACCGACUGGCGUCAACCUCAGGGAGCUGGUUGCCACGGGCCAGUGGAUCUCUGACUUCUUGGAUCAGCCAAAUGGGAGCAGAGCCGGUGCGGCGCUUGCGGCUCGUGUUCAGGAGCAGGCACCUGGCAGAAAUAACCCGCCUCAUCCAACAACCAGUACUAAGGUGGUACGGACUGCGGAGCCGUUGAACCUUGCGCAGAAUCGUCGGGGUGUGAGAGCCACUUUUGCUCGACCCAAAGGAAACUGAGGUUGCCGAAAUUUCCAAUGAUGAAGGAUUGUAUAUUAGAUGAUGUGUUGUUAGAGCCCUGUCUUUCCAGUUGCGAGGUAGAGCCCGCACUUUCUGUCAUUGGAGAAGGCUGAUGCCUUUCCCCCGCCGCACUGAGCGCAAUGUUUUGUCUUCCACCCUCCUUGGGUAGUUCUAGGCUAUGAGAGGUGGCCUCCAGGCGUUCAUAUCCUCUGUUAACGGUGUUUGCUUCCAAUAUAGCGCGUUUUGACG